CAGGCGUGCGUCGGGUCCCGGGCCGGCGCCGGGCGCUCCGAGGAUGGUUCUCCGGCGGCUGCUGUCCGCCCUGCUGCACCACCCGCAGCUGGUGGAGCGUCUGGCCGAGUCGCGGCCCAUCCGGCGCGCCGCGCAGCUCACGGCCUUCGCGCUGCUGCAGGCGCAGCUGCACGGCCUGGACGCGGCUCGACGCCUGCGAGCCCUGGCGGCGGGGCCCGCGGGCACCCUGGGGCGCCGCGCCGCCCGCUUCGGCGAGACCGUCGCGCAGGAGCUCCGCCGCGGCCUCCGCGACCGCCCCGCGCCGCCGCCCGGCAGCCAGAAGGGCCCGAGCAGGACGCCCUGA